AUGCCAAUUGAUAUGGGCUUUUCUCUCUUGCAACCACUGCUGAGUGCGGGCCACGCAGGACUCAACCGCAGUCGCCUCGUCGUGCAGCGGCAUCCAUGCAGCCACCCAAUAGAGUGUUGGCACGGCGGCGGCAGCAGACAGGGACAAGCAGCAGCAGCAGUGUUAUUGCCGUGGAUCGAAGGCGAGGCGUACUUCAUGUCUUCCUCCCAAUCCCCGCGCCCCACCGCUGCGUCAUCCUCCCUCGGCGGAGGGUCCACGGCACCUUGCGCGUCAUCAGCGGCACCAGGGAUCCUGGGUCCCGUGGCUGCGGCACCGCCACCGACCUUGUCGCUCCCGGCCUCAUCUCCUGUUGGAUUGUCCCACAACAGACGUCACACCAUCGGGAGCCACAUCGUCGCUGUCCGGAACAUCGCUCUUCUUCUCCGCCUCCUGCGGCGCACCCGCGGUGUCGCUGGGCGAAAUCACUCCGUUGCCGUCGUGGCAUCUGAGGCGACUUCCUUCUCCUCUGGCGACGGAUGCUUCUGGGGAGCAGUCGUGUCUACAUCCCUUGAUGGUUUUCCGCGGCCGGUCCCAAUGCUCUCCGCAACGGGGACAGAUGCCCCUGGCAAUCCUUGUUCAGUAUAUGCCGGUGGAACCGUCCUGCUCCACAUGCUCUCUCCUCGCCGUCCCACGGAACCAUUGGAAGUAGGCUACCACUGGUGA